CGAGACUGCCUGCGAUGCGCCGGCUGGCGGCGGCGGCAUGGCAUCGGGCAAGCCUGUCGGCCGGGCCGGGCAGCGUGAGGAGGAGGAAGACGGCGCGGACCUGGACCGCUCCCUGCAGCUCAUGCUGCGGGCGAUAGUGGAGGAGCGGAACCGCAGCAACCUCCGCCAGGAGAUCAGCGGCCUGGGAUUUUUCAAAGAUGACCGUAUUGUGUUUUGGACUUGGAUGUUUUCUACUUAUUUUAUGGAAAAACUGGCCCCCAGGCAAGAUGAUAUGCUCUUUUACGUCCGCCGAAAGCUGUCUUAUGUUAGUGGUGAUACAACAGAGGAGAAGAAGCAGGUCGAAGUUGAAGUUUAUCGUAGGGAUUCCAAGAAGCUUCCUGGUCUGGGUGACCCUGACAUUGAUUGGGAAGAGAGUGUCUACUUGAAUCUCAUCCUGCAGAAGUUGGAUUACAUAGUAACCUGUGCUGUGUGCACUCGCUCAGAUGGAGGGGAUAUUCAUAUUCACAAAAAGAAAUCUCAGCAAGUGUUUGCAUCUCCCAGCAAACACCCAAUGGACAGCAAAGGAGAGGAAUCAAAGAUCAGCUACCCCAAUAUAUUCUUCAUGAUCGACAAUUUUGAAGAGGUGUUCAGUGACAUGACUGUCGGGGAAGGAGAAAUGGUCUGCGUGGAGCUGGUAGCCAGUGACAAAAACAACACCUUUCAAGGAGUGAUCUUUCAAGGAUCCAUCCGCUAUGAAGCACUUAAGAAGGUCUAUGAUAAUAGGGUGAGCGUUGCUGCUAAAAUGGCUCAAAGGAUGUCAUUCGGCUUUUAUAAGUAUAAUAAUAUGGAAUUUGUUAGAAUGAAGGGGCCACAGGGUAAAGGACAUGCGGAGAUGGCUGUAAGUCGAGUUUCAACUGGUGACACUUCUCCAUAUGGAACAGAAGAAGAUUCAAACCCAGGAUCCCCUUUGCAUGAGAGAGUUACUUCCUUCAGCACUCCACCAACCCCAGAACGCAACAAUCGCCCAUCCUUUUUCUCCCCGUCACUCAAGAGAAAAGUGCCCCGAAAUCGAAUUGCUGAAAUGAAAAAAUCCCAUUCGGCAAAUGACAGCGAGGAAUUCUUCAGAGAUGAUGAUGGUGGAGAUCUGCACAAUGCAACUAAUCUAAGGUCGCGGUCCUUAUCGGGAACAGGACGGUCCCUGGUUGGCUCGUGGCUGAAGUUAAACAGAACAGAUGAAAACUUUCUACUCUAUGCACAUUUAACCUACGUCACUUUGCCACUGCAUCGAAUUUUAACAGAUAUUGUGGAAGUGCGGCAGAAACCGAUCCUGAUGACAUAGCAGAGAGCUGGGCACUGCCUUGGAACCUUGCUGCCAAGUGCCUACCCGCAGUGUUUUUUCUGUGACAACACUACCAUCUAGUGUCAGGAACCUAGACCUACACAGAAAAAGGGAAGUCAAAGAAUACCAGCCAAUCAAAAAGUGCCUCUUUCUUCCUUCCUCUGCUGUCGUGUACCGUAUGCACACUGACAGUACAUCUCACUAGUAUUCUGACUAGAAGAGGACUUUCACAAACAAAACCAGAAGGGGCUGCAUUUAAAAAGAAUCAAUGCUUUAUGAACAAUUUGUUACCAUGUUUACUGUAUAAUUAAGAAACCAACAACAUGUACAGAAUGUGUUGAACUUUAUAUUCUUUGAGAAGCAACUUUAGGAUUUCAUAAAGGUGUACCAAUGAACUUUGUUCCAUAGACUAUUGUCCAUGCACUACUUGUUAUAAUGGCUGUGUGUGUUGGGGCCAAAGGGAUAAUAAUGUAGUUUACUACUGAGGAAGGUUAAGGCAAAAGAUGCUACAAAUAUCAUUGCCAUGUGGUAUGUGCAGUAGGUCAGGGUGGAACUAAACGGAUGUUUCUCUUGGUGUGUAUCCUUGAGGACUAAGAUAAGUUGGUUUUGAGGAUGUUUUCCCUAUCUACCAAAGAACAGUGAAGAUUUCAGCUUCUAGGAUAGUCUAAGGGAAUGAACCAAUACGAGAAAGGUGAAAGAUGUUGCCAUAUACUGCCACUAAUAUCAGGUUCCUAAGAAAAAAAUCUGAGUUUUAAUGUAAGAUGAGAAACAGGAUUAAUUAACUAGACUCUAGUACCAGAAAAUCCUACAAACUACCACUCUUCCUCUGCAUACACAGGAAGCUAAAGUAAUUGGAAUUGUCCUAGUAGACGUAGGAAUAAUGAAGGAGGGCUUCAAGUUUUGAUCACAUUUUUGGCAAUUUUCCCAGAUUCUAAAUUUCAGUUAAAACCUGUGCUGGUUCACUGUACCAAAAGCACAAAGAUUUUUCUUUCAGGCGAACAUCAACAUUUCAGUGAAGUUCUAUUUUUCAAAAUAACUGCAAAUGGCAGUGGGAAGUUUUAUAAUUGUCCUUCAGUAGCUUUUAGGAAAAACCUGCUAUGUUUACAAAUAAAAUGCAGCUUUUUCUAAACAGAAGCCUUGUAAACUCCCUCUUAGAAUUUGAAAGCCAAAUGAGUAAAUAUCCUGCAAUCAAAGCUUAGUCAACAAGUCUGAUGUGGGACUCAGGCUUCUCCCAGAAUACUGCAGAACUAGUAUUGCAGACAGAAUGAGGAAAAAGUAGUUUCACUCAAGAAAGCAGGGAAGACUCUCUCAGCUGCACCUAUAGAGGUAAAUUGAAAGACUAGAUGCUAUUUUAGUUGCAUUUCAUAAUAGAAUCAUAUUAAGCUCUACAUUGGCACUGCAGCUACCAACAUGGCAUGCGCUUAAAGCUGGCAUCUUUGUUUUCCCCUUAACCUUUCCUAAACUGCUUUGUUGUAAUUCUCUCAAUAGUCUCAGAUGAUUUAACUUCUCUGAUAUAACUGAUUUUUUUUUUUUUUUUUUCCCCUCCCAUCCCCCAGCCAGGUUGCAUGGAAAUAGGUUCAUUACAACUUUGAGGUAUACUGGGACUAAUUGCUCAGCCCAAUAUGGUUGGGUCUAUGUGAUAAGAAAUACUUACUGGUCUAUUUGUGGUUAUACUUCAGAGUUAAACUAGAAUAUGCAUUUUUGAGGCUAGAUAUGGAAGCAGUUAACUUGAUACAAAGUGAGGGUAUUUCUAACACUGGCAAUAUGAACACACUAUAGAGAGAUUGUAGAUCAAGUUCCAGUCUACCUUUUGGUAAAACAUUUCUGCAUUAAAUAAAGUUUGUACUGUUAGUAUUAACCAGUCUUAAACAGGCUGGAGACUGAUUUAGACUGUGUGUUACCUCAGUGCCUGUGUCAAGAAUGAAAUCACUUUUCAUCAAGACAGCCUCCUAAAAUGCUCCAUAUUCUGCACAUUCACACUGCUGGGCAAAGCAAAUCAGUGUUGUGUUUCUUUGAAUAUUUGGGGGGGAGGGAGAGGGAUAACAUUUUUACUUUGAGGCAAUUGAUACAUUUUAAAUCAAAUACUGAGAUAGAUGAAUAUUACAAAUAGAAAAGUUAUCCAGUUGGAAAUGUGACUUGUAGGCAGCAGUGCUGUGUAUAGCAGUGAUUUUAUUCCUGUGGGUUGAUGUUAUCAGCAUAGUAGGAGUAGGUAGCUUCAAUUCUGAUGGGCUAGAGACCCCAAAAAAGUCCCACUAAGUAUAUUUUUCAGCAUAAAUAGCAAACACAGCAUGAUACUAUAAUAGUCCAGGAAUGUAAAGGCAAUUCUACGAUAAGGCAGUACAAGUUCUAAAGCAUUAUACAAGACACUGUCUUCUCUAUUGUAUCCAAAGGAAGAGUGUUGGUAAUGUCUAGAUUUUCAAGGGCUGCUAUAUGAAAAUCCUAAAAAGAAGUCAACUAGUCCAUUUGAUAUCUUUUAUAUUGUGUUAGCUGAUGUGCUGUAGGCACUUGGAAUGACAACUGUCAAUUGCCUUUUUAUAAGUAGCAGAAAUGGGCUGUAAAUGCACCCAGAUGGACAUCUGUGGGAAAUAUCAAUCAGGAAGUCUGUUGAAUGUCAAUAGUGCUCUUAGGAAAUAGCUCCCUGUACUAGACUAAAAUAGCCCCUUCAAAAAUCUGCAAUAGAGAUCCAAGUACAGUUCUAAUUUGUCAUUUUCUACUGUUGAGUAAAAAACUAGUUUAAAUGUUGUAUGAAACAUUGCUUCAUAGUAUAUGAGGAUUUCUUACUUAAAUCCGUAGAACUGAAACUUGUAGUCCUCACCCAGACAGUCCUUGUGAGAUUAACUAGGCUCUUACCUAGGUGAGGAUGGUAUGGCUGGGCCCUUAGCAUAUUAUUG